AUGUCCUUCGACUCUGAAGAUGUCUACCGCAGAGCUCAGUACAUGGGCAACAUGGCGAACGGACGGGACUCUUCGCUCUCUCUUGAAACCUCUACUCUCCAAGAGAACGCAGUGUACCCUACAAACUCCCUGAUAAAGAAACUAAGCUACAACUUGAAGAAGUCAGCAUUUACAUGUCUUGGAUCCUUCGAUGAGUUGAAAAGCUUUUGCUUGGAACAUUUAGAAAUGGAUUCCACCACGUGCUCGAUAACUCAAAACGAGCAAAGGAAAUCGAUAAAAGCAAAAUCUUUGACAUUGAAUUAUUACAAGACUGGGACGUUACAACUUCAAGGAAAUAACGAUCAACAUAAAGCAAAGGAUAAACUUCGAGCGGCUAUGGACGUUGGUCAAACCAAUUGUGAUCUAAACGAUGAAAGCGGAGAUGUUGUCAGCGACCUCCAUGUUAUUGUGAACGACGACAAAGCACAACUGGACACUCCUGUACUCUCAGAGACAUCCAGCAACGAAACGGACCACUUUAUUAAACCUAUGUCCUCUCAUUCUCUUAAUGUAAAUAUUCUGAGUCUAGUUAAUGACCUAAGGACUGAGGUAACCAAACUUUGGAGCUGUGUGCAAUCGACGCAAAAUGCAAAUAACUCGAAGACUUUGCAAGAACCUGAUGCUGUCAAGAACGAGAACCACACCUUACAACAAGAGUUACAUGCCGCUAGAGUUCACUAA